CGGUUAUACACUUCUCUCAAAAUUUUCGAUAACGAUUUCCAUGCGGCCUCGUACUUUACUCGCUUAGCUGUUUGUUUGUUCUUACCUAUCUGCGAAACUACGGAUACCGAUUCAUCACGCCAUGGACGUAGAAGAUUGUGAGAUGGAAAGCUCUAUUUCUUCCCUUAUUCUGAGUGUCAUGAAGUCUAAUCAGAGUGAAGUCCUUUCUGCAGAAGACAUUGCUUGGGCUGACUCCUGCCUGGUCAAAGAUCCAGAAAAUUCAAAUGGUAAUUGGGAUUCUCUAAAAGAUGCCUUACUAGAAAUCUUCAGCUCCCAACCCGAAUCAUUCAACGCCUCUGCUUCUGUAAGUGAUGGCUUUCCUGAAGGAAGUGAUGUUGAACUACUUCCUUCUAUUGAGGAGGAAGAAAAUGUGCAGUUCCAAGGAAUAACCGAGAAUGAUCAUGUUCUCAUUGAUGAAGAAGCAAAAACAGACGGUGAUGAUUUUCCAAUCAAGUUUAAGAAUAAUAGUUUCCAGUCGUUGGCUUUUGAGGGAAAUCCAUUUCUGCCGACUUACAUGGAGGGCCUGAAAGAGAUCAAGGGUAUUGAAUCAAAGCUUGGUUUGGGUUCUUCAACUUAUGAGAUGGAGCCAUCGACUGAAGAUAUCUUCAGGGUCUGGGAUUUGGACAUUCCAGCUGAGGAAGACGAACUUGAUACACAAUUGAACAAGGUCCUUGCAGAAGGUUCUUUUGGAUCGAUACCAUCAACUUCUAAUGAUUCAAGCGCAUGGAAAUAUUUGGAAGAAGAGCCUCUUGAUAAUCUGAUUGCUGGCAUGGCAGAUCUGUCUUUAAAUCAAAAUUCUAGGUAGACAAUUGUACAAUUAUCUUCCUUGUUUUUUUUUUGGGCGCAUACUGAUGCUGACAUUUGGUUUGGAGUUGUUACGACAAGAUUUUGAUGAGGAAUUUGAAUUUCCCUGUAAAUCGAAGCAACCAUGUGUUAAUACAAUAACAGAUUCUA